UCUGGCUCAUUGUUCUAUCUCUGGUACUAGUUUAAAUCGCACCAGUUGCACAAAAGUAAUGCUUCUCCAGCUGGUGUUGUAUGGCCACAACACCGCCCUCAAGUGGCUGGUGCAAAAUAUAACUUAUUUUCUGGUUGAGAAUUCAAACGCCGUUCGACAGGGACAAAUUAUGUCGCGUACGUAACGGUUUGAACUAGCUGUUCAUUUCACAAGUUCUGGAUCAACUGCUAUAUGAUUCCCGUCGUGUUCUCGGCCAACAACGGGGAAAGAUGCCACAGAAAACGCUGGGAUCCAUUGUAGGUCUGCUUUGCACCGGGACCUGGUUGGUACAGGGAAAGGAAUUCUGUUUUGGAGUGAACAAUGAGCAAUACCGGUGUGAGAUGGGCUACUGCUGCGGGGAGACCGAGUGCUGCACUUACUACUAUGAGCUGUGGUGGUUCUGGCUGGUGUGGACCCUCAUCAUAAUGCUGAGUUGCUGCUGUGCCUACCGUCACCGUCGGGUCAAGAUGCGGCUGCAGCAGGAGCAGCGCCAGCGCGAAAUCAGCCUUAUGGCCUAUCAGGGAGCUUCUAGUUCUUUCAUCUCCCCUCCACCCCUCAACUUGAGGUUCUGGACAGACUGCAAGCUUCCUGACUAUGAAGAGGUGGUGGGUCAUCCCCCGACUCCCCCUCCGCCUUACUCCGAGAUCCCCCCAGAGACCACCCCUCCCAUCCUACUGCCCCCCAUCCAAUCAGAAGCUGCUGUGGUGCUGGAGCCCCCAACAGAGGACACUCCAAGAGAGGAGCAGGCCGCUAGUUCCUCAGCAGAACAGGAAUCCGCAUCUGCUCCCAGCCAAUCAGAACAACCGGUGGAAGAAGAGCUGCUGACCCGGCGUAGGCAUGUGACUGGCGACUCGGGGAUCGAGGUGUGUGUGUGCCAACUGGACGAGGGCUCUGGGCCGGAAGAGGACGAGGAGCAGCUGUGUCAGGGGGCCAGGGGGGACUGCUGCUCUGCCUCUGAGCACCACCACAUCAUCAGACACAAAGAGAGAACCCCAGGGCCUCAGCCCAAGGGCCAGACCGCCAGCACCGGAGACCGCCUGGUCUGAGCUCCACCACCAACCACCCAGAGGCUGCUGCUGCUGCCGGAUGUGCGCUUUAGGGAGGGAGAGCCCUUGUCAUCAUUACAAUAACCCAGACACCACCAGCAAAUGAAAUGCCCCACAACGACUCACCAAAUGAACCAGGUUGUCCUGCUCUUUGACAUGCUUGUCAGUUAUGAUCCAUAAAAUGACGCCAAUGAUGACAAAGAAGUUUAUUUGAAAGAUGUUUCGUUUGGCUAUUGGUUUAAUUCUUUAAUACCCAUGGAUGGUCCCUCGUCUGCUUUGUUUAGUUCUUGCAAUGGUGAUGAUGAGAAAAUGCCAACUUCUAGAGAUCUACCAAGUGGCAAGGAGAGGUGCUGAUGCUGGCACAGAAUUGACUACAUCUACCCACCCACUUGUCCCUCACUCUCCCACCCAACUGUCUGGCCUGGACAUUUUUCCUUUGGUCCUUCUAACAUUUCACCUCUGUGGGGACAGGGCAGGAUGGCAUACCACCAUGGUCACCAAUCCCUAGGCCCCAGCACAUAGGGGCCAAAACAUAAGAUGAUGCUACCAGACACAGUCCUGACCAGGGGAUACAAACUGUUACGGAUAGAACUCGUUUUGUUUUUGCAGGGGUUUGUGUGUGUACUGUGUAAUCUAGGACACAGCUGAAAAGUGAUGUCACCCCUGAGGUAAUCUUAGCCUGCAUCUGGUUUCUUUGUGGAGUGACAGCAGGGCUAUUUGCAUCCAGAGAAAAGGCUGGGAGGUGAAGAUGUGCCUGUCUCUUAUAGCGUCUCUCUCUGAACUGUGUCCCAAUAACAUCAGACUCCACCCCGCCUACACCCCCCUCUACCCAUCCCUCAUGUCUCCACCAGUACUCCGGUCAACACUUGGCCAGACUGAAAGGUAUUGAAUGGACGUUUUGAUGUGAUCUCUUGUCUGACUGGCCAAGUGAACAGAAGACGUGACAAUAUCCCAUCGCUGUGCCUGCAACUUGGUAUCUAUAAAAAGCAUUGUGGUGGUCGACCGUGUAUGUGUUUCCCAGACCGGCGGUGAAAUAACGUGGCGUGUGUGUGUGGUGGGGUCAGCAGUAUUUUGAAGGACUGACAGUCUCACCGAGCGGUAAGGGGUAUGUUGUUGGGAUUAAAAGUACAAACCAGAGGAGGGUGGGAAGACUGAAGGUUCAGCAGUGUAGUACUUUGUCCUGUAUCAUUUUCUUGUCUUUUUAUUACUUCUCUAAAACCUGCUUUAGCUGAGGCCACCAUAACCCACAUCAAUGGCAAAGAAUCUCUUAUCCAAGGGAUGCUGUGAGUGGAGUAGUGUAGUCUUAUUUAGUGUAUCCUCAGUGUCCUGGCCCCCGGUGUAAGUUAGAGCACUCAACUCACCAGGCUUUAGACCACUUUUUAUUUAUAUAUAUAUACUAUAUAUAUAUAUAUAUAUAUAUAUUAGAGGGCAUGAGUAAUUUGUGUAGAUGUGUGUUCUGAUUUGUCCUGUCAGCAACGGUGUGUUUUCGGGCACGUGUUUCAUAUAGUCUACUACUCCCAGGCCCCGAGCUGAAAAUGAUGAAUCGCUGCUGUUUUUACCCAGCAGCAGCAGCCGGAGUCAGAUGGUGGCACUCGGACGGAGUGAACCAACGUUUAAGUAUAGACACCAUGUAUCUAGUUUCAUCAUGUUAUGACUUUGCACUGGGCCUGCAAUGUGCUGUUGCAUACUCCCUUGGCUUGCAGUGGUGUGAACAUUGUAGAAGCAAUGUGACAGAUUUGUGUUGGUAUUUUCCAUUCAGUGGGAUGGGGUUGGCUUUGCAGUGUUAGUGCAGCUGCACACUGUUAUGAUAAACCAGUGAUGUGCGUUGCUUGCCCAGCAUGUGUCGAAGCGUAGCCGUAGAAUCGGGGAGUGUGAGUUUUAUUCUUCCGUUCCACCUAAAAUAAGAAGCACAAAUGUCCAGCUGCCUUGGGUGUGUGUUUUUAAAUGGCAGUGAUAGUGAUAUGAUAGUUUUAUUUAGGGUAUUGAGUUGCUUUCAUGCAGCACUUAUUGAUCAAGUAGGUUAUGGACUGAUGCACUGUUUAUUAUUUCACUGCUAAUGAAAAAGGACAGACUCAAAGACAUUAAUUUCAACUAUCAAUCAAUAAGUUGUCUGUCUUCAAGUGUUAAGUCUUGACACUAUAAAAGUAAUGCUGGAAAGUCAGGAUAGGACAUGCACUCAGACUCACCUGCUCACAUUAGGACACUAACAUGUUUUUGAUAAGACAUCAUAAGUUGCCUUGGUAGGUUGCUAGGGAACAGACAUGACAUGAGGCUCAAGGUGCACCACAACAGAGGGGUAUCUUACGAAGCAGGUUUGAGGAGUUGGUGAGGUAACUUUGGUAAACCCUGAGUUCAACUCGGGAUAUCCAGUCAUACGAAAGUGGCUCACAUAGAAUCAGGAAUUAGAAUACUAGGAUCUCUAUGGUGGCUCAACUUUGAGCCAGGUACAUUUCUAUGGCAACGAAUCCUUCAGCACUAACCUGCUCUGGUGUAGGCUAACUCCACUUAUCAUGAAUGAAAUGACUGGGCUGUGAGUUGAGGACCAUGAAAUCAGAUUCCCUCCCACUUGCAAAGAUUGUGUCAUCAUCCCCUUCAUUUGAGGGAGAUGACUGAUUUUAAAUAUUAUCCAUGGUCGUAGUACAGAGGAAGCCUGUGAUGUAAUGUGAAGCUAACUGAAGCUGGUUAGCUUUAGAAAACCCUGAGUAGAUCUAGCUUGCUUUGUAGGAUACCCCUCAGAAGGCAUAUGAACACUCAUUUUAAGUGCUCCUUCUGAGGCAUAAGGAAAUAAAUGCCUUCCUGUGGCAUGGUGGUAAAAUGUAGUUAGGGACAGGUAGACUAAAUGUGUUUUGGUGUCUUGUGUUUGAAGAGUAGGUGAUUAUAUUCCAGACUUGUGCUUUGGAAGAAAGCUAAAAUGUUUGAGCCCCCCCAUGUUUGAAGCAUGGUGUGCAUAGUUUCUUCUAGUCCAGAGGAGUCCUUUUAUACAGAUGGAGUCCGAAGUGUAAAAUUAUCUCAGAGUCUGACAUAUCGAUCGGCUCAACUUAUUCUAGAAUGUGGUUAUGAGUUGCAAGAAAUGUAUCCGAGUGAAACCACAAGACGAGAUCAUAUGUUGUAGAAACUGGCCUGUAGAAUAGGCAACAUUUAUUAAGUCAGAAAGCUUGUGUAUGUCAUUUAAAAAUGCCAUUGGCUUCUCCCUGGUUAUCUGUGGUUAUAUUGAUCACUUUUUUUUCCCCCCACCCCCAUUUUUCUUUAGUUAUCAUUAUUUUUAUUUCAAUGAUAUGAUCUAGAUAAGUUUGAUAUUUGAACUGACCUGAAAUUAUGUUAAAUUAGUACCAAACAAAAUGAUGUUAAGAAAUCCUUUGUUAUAGUUUUUCUUGUGCUCAUAUGAGAUGUUUGUUUUUUGAAUGGUUGGGGGGGGGGGUGACAAAUGUAGAUGCUAAAGUGAAUUUAUUUUUAUGCAAUAUAGAUAAAUUAAGAUUAUUAUGGUGAGAGGGUGUUUCAUGUUUCUGAAUAAGAAAAUGGGGACCCAUAGUUUCAGUCCCAUUGCUCACUACUUACUGGGCAAACUCUUGUUUGGCUUUCACAUGUUUACCUAGAUAAAGGGCUAUCAGUCAGUCAUGGACAAACACCCAUCCAUUUCAUUAAUCUGCUCUGUAAUUUUCCUCUUACCUACAGUUGCAGACACCGGCGAUAUGUGAACGUAAUUCUUUGGACAUCUGUAGUACUCGUGUGAAUAAUGGCCGAUUUUGUAUAUUUUCAAGCAUCUUUUGCCUUUUUGUUCCUUGUUCGCUUUUGUUUCAAUGUUCACAGAGGUGCGUGAAGCUCUUAUCCCUCGCUCGGUCUCUUCUUUCUCUCAAACCCCCACCCAGUCCCCUAUGGCCUUUCACCAUAUACCAGCACAGAGGGCACAAGCUAGGAUCAGUGUCAGGUUGGGUAUGUGGUCCCCGAUGAGGUAACUAGCCCCAGGUGUGAUAGUGAUGGGGGCUUUAGCCAUGGCUCAUUGCAUCCCUCUGGACCAUGAGACACCACUCCCCCCCCCCCCCCCCCCCCCCUGCCGGGGGCCCGACCAUUCCGAGCGUGGUAACAGAAACUGCAUGGCAACCCACACCAAUGUUUGUCUUUGAGGUGGGGUUUUGCCUCUGCAUAUAUCAUCCUUAAGAUCAUGCAGGAACAAUUAUCUUUUGAGAUUGUUUGCCUGUACCUAAACAAUUACUGUACUCAAGCCACACGUGUUGUCUCAUACACUCAUACAUGCGAUCCUAUUGUCAUGAAUAGAAUAUAUAUUUUUUUAAUGGGCAUCAGUAUUUGGCAUCUUUCAGAAUCUACCAUUAGCACCAGUGCCAUCAGUUGUCAGUUUCAUUUACCUUGCUCACUACACCAAAGGCCUCCUUUCACCCUAAGUUGUUCCCCUCUUUUCUGCUCCAUGCGCCUCUGUAAUGUACUGUAACUGACUAGCCUAUGCAAAAAAACAAACCCAUUGAUAUAUAUGCUGCAAUAACUCUUCUGUGUGGUUGCCAGUACAAGCAAUAUUACUCUCAGUACAUGUCGCAAGUGUACCUCAGUUUAUAUUUUGUUUUUAUUGCUACUAUGGUGUGUUUCGUGUGUAUGCUUUGAAAGUAAAUGUGUAUAUCUACAUGUUACCUCUUGGUGGGUUGGGGGAGAAAAGAUAAGCCAUUCUAGUUAAAUUUGUCUUUUGUUUCUGUUAGUCUUUAGUGACAUGGAUAGAAGUACAGUCUGCUGUCAUUCUGAGCUAAGAAUAUUACUCCUGCUUAUUAUGUAGAAAAAAUACAUCUGUUUAACUUUGUAAAGUAAAGGUGUGUUUAGAAUUAUUUUUGUUGUAUUAAUGCUAUUUAAUCUCUCCUCAGACUAAUAUUAUUCUGUUUGUCCUGUGGGUACCAUUGCCACUGUUCCACCCCUUGUGUAUUGCGCUGUCAUGGUGUAUUUGUAAACAGUGACAUGGCUUGUUUUUAUUGUAUUUGAGACAUUUUCAGUGACUACUUAACAGUUGCCUUCUCUCCUUGAUUGCCCAACCUUUUGAUAUAGAAGAUAGUGAAUGUGACCUUUUUUAUCAAGUAUGGAAGCCAAUCUAAUCCCAGUGCUAGAUAACCGAGUGGAGAAAAUGAUCAGGUCUCUUAAAUGGGUUGUUUAGGGUACACCUCCGCUAGCCCAGGAGUUAGUUUUAGAUGAUCUCUCACUAAGGGGUGGGUUGCACUUGUAAUCAUACAUCACCAAGGCAACAAUGUACUCGCAACAUAAUCUAAGGAUGCUCUGUUUAACCAACAUGUAACCCAGAUGUUUCUUUCAUUUCUCCCUCAACCGUAGAUAAUGUCAAGCGGAUGUUGUGGCUGAUGGGGUAUGUAGAAAGACUUUGCAAAAACAAACACCCACACUAGAGAAGGAAGCGGUCGACCACAAUCAGACUUUCGUGUUCUUUUUCCUAUUGAGAUCAAGCCCCCCCCCAAAAAACACAUUUGUGGUACAUUUGAAUGCUUUGGUUUAGUAGGGGGUCUGCUGUGUACUGUUGGGUCAUUUGGAUUUUAUUUUUGUAUAAUAAAACAAACAUUGGCACUGUU